UUUACGUUUUUGGAUUUUCGUUUCGUUCAUCCGUCACAAAAAUGGCUGCGCUAAGGGUAUUCAGUCGUAAUUUGCCGUAUUUACGACAACAGUUUUCGGCAUUGUUAGGAAACACAUCGCCAUCGGUGAAAUUCAUUUGUGUAGUGGUAGUUAUAGGGUAUAUUCUAUCGUUUUCCGACGAUGUUGUGGACGUUCUCAGUGUCACUCCAGGGUAUUUGUUGCCACCUUCGUUUCAAUUCUGGUCCACUUUCACGUUCUGGUUUCUCGAGAUUCAUUUGUGGGAAGUGAUCAUCGACAUUGUGACAGUGGGACUAUGUGGAAAACUAAUAGAACCGUUAUGGGGUCAAAUGGAAAUGAUGAAGUUUUUCUUGUUGACCAAUGUUGGUGUAGCAUUUCUAACGACGUUCUACUAUUUAGUGAUAUUUGCGUGUACAGGACAAACGUCCUACUUGUUCGAUAUUCACGUACACGGCUUGGCGGGGUACCUGGCUGCCGUGAGUGUAGCAGUAAAGCAGAUUAUGCCAGAUCAUCUGCUGAUAAAAACACCAUUAGGGAAGUUAACAAACAGAUCACUACCGCUGCUGAUUCUAAUAGCAGCCAUUAUCCUGUGGGCUAUCGGAGCCCUGGAAGGCACGUACCCUUGCAUGUGGGGCAGCGGCACCAUCCUCUCCUGGAUCUACCUGAGGUUCUGGCAGAGGCAUAGCAGCGGUACCAGAGGAGAUAUGGCUGAUAAUUUCAGUUUUGAUAAUUUCUUCCCUACGGUCCUGCAGCCAGUAGUGCGGGGUAUCCUCGGGCCGCCACAUCGCUGCCUCGUGCGGCUCGGCCUAUGUUCGCCGAGUCCGCGGCGCGUGCACCUCGCGCUCAGUCCACGGGGAGUCACUAUAUCUAUGCCGGGAGUGGAGCCACAAGAUAUGGAGAGGCGGAGACAAAUCGCGCUCAAAGCGUUGAGCGAGAGAUUAUCGAAGACUUCCGAACAGACGCGGCAGAAGAAUCUAUCGACCAAAGUGAACAUGGACGCGGUGAGGAAGGCGCAGUCGCAGGUCAUCCCGCAGUUCCCGGCGGACGCCGCCGCCAGCCCCGCGCCGCCGCCCGAGGCCACGCUCGUCGACCUCGCCGACCCCGACCCACCCACCACCAAGCAAUCAUGAUCCCCGCAGGUCUAAGCUAUAUAAACAAGGCUGUUCACAGAACCAAUGUAGAAAUAGGCAUGCUUCAUUACGAGUGCCUGACGAUCUCAAAUUCCAUGUUUGAAAAUAUUUAUGAGUCUGUCAAUUGGUAUUCAAUAGGUUGUUAUAGAGCAUUUCAUGGACAUCACACGUUAAAAGUGCAUUUCGAUUCGUUAGUUUGUAAGCUAUAGCAUUUCUGCAGUGGCGCUGUGAAUCUAUACGAAAUAGUAUUCAUUUUAUUUUUUCUUUUAUAAAAAUCCAAUAGUGUUAUGGUAACAGUUGAAUGUAUGGGUAUAAAAAAGUAAAUAUUUUUUGCAGAUUUUAUUGCAUUUGUUGAUUGUGUCUAGCUGAGGAGAGUGAAAGAUGUGACAUAUUGUAAAUAUAAUUGAUAUUGAUUAGUGUUAAUUAAUAAAAUAAAUAUCUAAUCACUUA